GAUUGAGUUUGUUGCGGUAAAACUAUGUUAGGUUCAAAACAACAUAAAGGCCUUUAUUGUUGCAACCUUUGGGACAUAGUUAACAAAAAUGAUGUUGUGCCAAAAUGCUGAAUAAGCCUCAACUGUCAUCAAUCUUGCAAGAAUGAUCUGUUAAAAAGCAAAUAUGGCACACAAAUAGGAUUUUUCCCCAAUAAAGCUAUCUUCUGUACAGGGUUUCUGAGGUGCAAGAUGUGUCGUCUCCUGAACGUCCUGCUGGCUUUGCUGAGUCGCUUCCUGUUUGCGGUCCACGGGGUGGUGACAGUGUGGCGUGUGGUGGCCGUUAAAGAGGAGCCACUCUAUUGGUUGCUGCUAACGGGCGUUGCUCUGCUGGGAGUGGAAAUGGCUGUCACUCUGAAGUGCACCCAAAACGCAGAGUGGAAAUGGUUCUCCCCCAUGGUUUUCCUCUACCUCAGUACUGUCAUCCCGUCCAUUUGGUUCCUGGAGCUGAGCCUGCUGCAGUCCAAGCUGCCUGUCAACAAUUCCUCAGGCCCCGAGCUUCAAUUGCUGGCUCGCAUCCCGAUCACAGCGGCCAUCGUGGAGCUGGACCCAGAGAACUGGGUGGCUGGCCUGGAGCAGACCAUGCUCAUAGUGCUGGUUCUGGGUCGCUGGCUGAUGCCCAAGGGGGACAUGUCUCGCGACCAGCUCUCCCAACUCCUCAUGGUCUACGUGGGACUGGGCGCCGACAUCCUGGACAUCUUCGACACCUUCAAGGAACCCGAGGUCAAAACCAACCGAGCGGUUGUCAUCAUGGGCCUGGGCCUCUUCUCUUGGGCGCUAAUGCAGUUUCCUCUGGUGCUCACCCAGACACAACCCCCAAAGGGUGAGCCUCCACAGAGAAGUGUGGCUGGUCUCUCCUGCGGCCCAGGUGCUCCUUCGUCGUUCGCCUCCUGCUGCUCCAGUGAAGUGUGGAGCUUGCUGCUCACGGUGGGACUCCAGGAUGGUCCGUUUCUGCUUUACCGCCUCUACCUCAUGGUCCAAGAGCAGGUACUCAACCAGCUGAUGAUCUUCUUCACCUGCAAGAACAUCCUUAUCGUCCUGUUGGAGCUUUACAGAAUCUUUGUGGUGCAGUGUCAACAGCCAGUUGGGGAAUCGAGGUUGGAGAGGUGUGAUGCUUUGGUGCUUCAGUGUCGGACCCAGAGGGGUGGAAAAGAGGAGGAGGAGGAGGAGGAGGAAGCACGUGGAGAGAACCAAAGCUGUCAUACAGAAACAGAGAGAGGCACAGACAGGGAGAAAGAUAAAAGAAGUGUCCAGGUAUAA